AUGCCACUCGAAUUAGACCUCACACUUAUUUUCUCAUGCGUUUUGUUCUGUCUGAUUUUUUUAUCCGUCGCAAGCUGUCUCGAAAGAAUAAAGAGAAGAAAUAGGGCAGCUGUGGUUUCCAGAGAAGAAGACUUAGAAGCAUCGACAAGCUCCAGAACAGAGCCAAUCUUUCAUCAUGAUUUCAAUCUACCGGCAGAUGAUCCUCCGUCUUAUGAUUCCAUUUUUGGCACAGAAAAUACUGUUCCUGCCAUGAAUUCUUGUGAACCUCCUUCUUAUAAUUCCAUUUUUAUGACAGAAAAUACUGUUCCUGCAAUGUAUCCUUGUGAGCCUCCUUCUUAUGAUUCCAUUUUUGCCACAGAAAAUACUGUUCCUGCCAUGUGUCCUUGUGAACCCCCUUCUUAUCAUUCCAUUUUUAUGACAGACAACGCUUCUCCUUCUGUUUAG